AUGUCCGAAGCUUCAUUAUCAUACGCCUCAUUAAUCUUGGCUGAUGCCGAACAACAAAUCACCUCCGAAAAGUUGUUAGCUAUCACCGCUGCUGCCGGUGCCACCGUCGAAUCCUCUUGGGCUGACGUUUUCGCUAAGGCUUUGGAAGGUAAGGACUUAAAGGAAUUAUUAUUCUCCUUCGCUGCUGCUGGUCCAUCUGCUCCAGCUGCUGCUGGUGCCGCCGCUGCCACCUCUGGUUCCACUGAAGAAGCUGCUGAAGAAGCCGCUGAAGAAGAAAAGGAAGAAUCCGAUGACGACAUGGGAUUCGGUUUAUUCGAUUAA